AGCCGGAGCCCUGGAGGCAUGUCCGGCCCGCGCCCCGUUUCUUGAUUGAUUGUGCUUUAAGCAGGGCUCUCAUCUCGACUGCGUGCGAUUUUAAAGCAAUAAAUUCAGUAACACACACGUGUUGUGGCCAGACCUGCCUAGAUAUCCCCCAUCUGAACUUUAGCUGUUACAGUUCUUUGAGUUCAGUGAGAAUUAAGUGCCUGUGACGCCACAGGGAUAGAAAGUACUUCAGCAUUUGCGGGAGGCCGCCGUGUAAGUGUGGUGGUGGCUUCAUGGUUACUAAACGAUUAAAUUUACAGGAUAUGGGCCAUAUAAAUUGCCUUGCCGUUUCCGGUUGCUUUCCUCAUACAUAAAUUGCACAAAGUUUAUGAAUUAAAAUAAUUAUGCCAUACACGGUUAGAGUCUUAGUGGGAUAUCUGCAGGAGCUGAGCAUCUGCACUGACCCUUGGGCAAAGUUUAAAAGCAUAAUUGCUAAAAUGUAUUGUGGGCAUUUUUCCUUUUAUUUUCCUGAAUAUGGACUAUUAUGAGAAAGCAAAUACUGUGUGGCAUUUCCUGCUUACUUUUGCAUUCGCUGAUCAAGAUCACGUUUGACCAUGCAAGAAAGGAGAGUAGAGUUUUCAGGGUGGUCUGUCUUUCCCCACGCAGGUGUGGAUGGAAGCUGAAGAGGGAAUUUUCUUUUCCUUGCAGCAUUUCUAAUCUUAAAACUAUGUUAGCCAGCUCCAGUGAGAGGGCAUUCUCUGACAGGUGAAACCUGUAAAGUCCCUGCCUCAGCUUCACAUGAGGAUCAAGUGAUAGGUUCCCUACAAUCAUCCCCUUAGAAGUGCUUCCCUCUGCACUGUAAAUGACAUGACCUUUUCAAUCAGAUCUAGACUACCAGAUUUGCUGAGAGGUCAUAAACUUCAAAAUGGUCAUUUGAGUUUAAGUAUUACCAUUUUCUGGGUUUUAGUUCUAUUAUCAAGGAGAUUUUCUCCUGAAAUUUAGUUUCAUCCAAGCUCUUGGCUCUUUAGCAGGUUUUUCUUAAAUAGUAUUGUCAAAAACCUCACCUCUGUCUUCAGCAGAAUGUAAGAAUACCCCUAGUUAUUGCACUAAGAAAUACAUAUUAAAUUGCUGUAUGAUUACAUACAUCAUUGUUUUUAUUAAGCACUCAGUGUGUGUUCUGUGCAGCAUAAACAUUAAACAAGAUUAUUCUUCCCCUGGUGAAUUUAGAAUCUGAAAGAUCUUAAUAGGAAGGAGUAGUAAUAACAUAUCAUUAAAACACCACCUUUAAAUUAAUCUCUUUUUGUUUCCCUGUGGUUAACACUCAUUUGCUGUUGAUAAUGACUGGUGUAUCCUGGCAUGUCUUGUAGUGCUGUUUGAUGAUGUUACAGACCCCAGUUGUCCACGCUAUCCCUCUGUGAGAAGUUCUUGUCCAGCACAUGUGGAAGGAGAGCAUAUGUCCCUGCUUCAGCUGCUGCCAUACAAAGCCCAGCAGCAUAGCUGAGACCCACCUUUCAUGGUACUCCACGCUUGGUUGUUGUAUCAAAGCACAAUUUCCUUCUGCCACCGAGGCUUCCUGUGAGGACAGCUGGAAACACUCAUGUCUUUGACAGCUGCAGCAAGAUUCUAUGGAGCUCGUGUGUUAAAGCCCUGAGAGAAGAGACUCUGCAAAUGGAAAGAGUGGCAUCCACAGUUUUCACUGAUUUCUGUUGGAUUUAGAGAUUGGAGCUUUCCUGGGCAGAGCACAUAAUAUGGCUUGGAUUACAAAAAGAACUGAUGCUUCCCAAGGGAAGCAGGAUGCAUGAACUGGAUGAGUUGGUUAGGAUUUGACUAUGGCAGUGCGGUUCCUGCGGAAGGCGUCUGUGUGGUUAAAGAAGCACAAGAUCGCUGUGUUGGCCGUUUCUUGCAUGGGACUGCUUGGCACUAACCUUUCCUAUCAUGUGUUUCCUGAGCAGACAUUCAAACUGUUGCAUGAGUGUUGGUCAGAGGGGCAGCCAGCUGAGCUUUCAGAGAAGCUCUGUGGUGUGUUUCAGGAUGUCCUUCAAGAUACUGGUGUGAAGUCCAACUCCUACAGAGCCUUUGCAGCUUCUGGCUUCCAUCCUGUGAGCGCUGGAAUUCCCUGGCUGCCUGCAGGCUCUUUGGUGGGCAUCCCACUUAACUUUGAUAGCACAGCUGAGGAUAAAAAAGGAAUAGUCAACCAUGUAGUUGUAAUAAAUGGCAAGAAAGUAGACUGGGAGAGCAGUGAAGGCAUGGCUUUGAAGGAAGCUCUCACAUUUUCCCUUAAAGCUCAGAAAUUUGCCAUUGCCAGAGAAGUUGUGUACUUGCAGAUUGGCAGUCCUUUAGCAAGUGCAGUUGUGGCUCCGACUUGCUUGGCUGGGACGUUUGUCUGUGGGACAGCUCUAAAGCUGCUUCUGGGGUUAUCCACAGGCCCCCUGAUCCUCCGUAGCCUCUGUAACCUCGUCACUGCCAUGGGAGGGCUGCUCUGCUACAGCAUCUCUUCUGAUGCCAUCACCUAUCAGCUGGACUGCAGGGCCGACAGGAAGGCAGCCAGGCUCUCCGAGGACUACGCCAGAGGUGGCCUUGAAUUUUAUGAUAAAAUCUUGUUCCGCAACAGGAUUUUUCGUGGUCUGAUGGGCAAACAAGGGAUGGAAAUGUAUGCCCCGAGUGGUAACCUUUUCCCAAGGCACUGGUUCAGAAUGAAGUAUACCCCAUACACUUACCGGAGAACUUUGAUUGUUAAUAUUUUAAGAGAGCUCCAGGCAUCAGAUAGGAAUGCUUGAAUUUUAAACCUGUGAAUUAUGUAUUUUGGAACACCGCUGUGCUGCGCUUUUUUUUUCCCUUCUGUAUCUUCAUUAGAAUUUUGGGGUUUAUUUUUGCAUAUAGUUCAGGAAGAGUUAUUGCACGUUUCUUGAAUAAAGAAUUUUCUCUUAAAAUAUUAAA